AUGCGGCCUCGUCUUCCAGCUCGUCGGCCCCGUGCCGUGUCCACCUUCUUCGUCGCUCUUCUCGUCCUCAUCUGCUUCACUUUCGCCACAUUCACCGCGGUCGCUGCACAAUCACUUACGACGGACGUAGAUCUACGAGCUAGAGCUGACACCAUUUCGAAGAGCCAGCCUCACCUGGUUCAUCUCUUGCCUCGUCAAGCGACGACACAAGGAAAAGACACAAACGCAGACUCAGAUGCCAACGGUGGUGCCAAGUCCGCUGAGACGGCCGCUUCGGCCGCUGGUGCCAGCAUUAAUACGGGCGCCGGUGGCGACCGUUCGACUCCGGCAUCUCGUAAACAAUUUGCCGAAUUGCUCAGCGGUCUCUUCUUUGGGACCCUCUUCACUCUCAUCCUCGGCGGCGCUUUCAUCGUCCAGGCCUGGCACUACUUUGAACGUUUCGGCUCUCGUGGCUCUGACCGACUCAUCCUUCAGAUCCUCGUCGCGGUCCUGAUGUUCUUCUCGAUAUUCCAAAUGUGCAUUCUCAUCCAUCGCAUCUACGAUCUGCACGUCGCCCACUUCGGAAACUUCGCCUUCCCCCUUUUGACCAUAGGCUGGGAGGUCGCAGGAAGCUUCGUCUGCAUCGGUUUCAUGAGUGGCUCUGUCCAGCUCUAUUUUGCGCACCGUGUAUGGCUGUCUUUCAAGAAGUCCAAGAUCAUCUUGAUCCCUGCGAUUAUCCUCAUUUCGUGGACCUUUUGUGGGGGCGUCGCAUCUGCUGCUCUCGUCAUUCGAGCCGGUAGCACAGCAAACGUCAAGGGGCAGGCACUCCACGCCUUCCUUCCAAACUCUGCACCGUGGCAAUUUUCUGUCAUCUUUGCCACCUGGCUUUGCUCCAAUGCGGCCAUUGACGUUUGGCUCUGCGUCGCACUUCUGAUGCAGUUGUCGAAGAUGCAAACGCCCUUCUACCAUACUAGGCACGCCGUUGCCCGUCUACUCCUGCUGUCCCUCGAGACUUGCUUUGCCACGACAGCAUGCUCCUUCGUGUCGAUGAUUCUUUUCCUUUCGGUCCCUUAUCAGUUCUACUACUACAUUCCCUUUAUGCCCAUCGGGCAAAUAUACGGCUCUUCGCUCGUGGUGACGCUCAUGCUCCGACCCUCGAUCGCAAGAGAAUUGGCGCAGGACCAGGUCAGAGACAAGGUCACGGAGGCCCCCAGCUUGGGGGCCACGGGCCUAGGCCCGAGCAAUGGAGCAUCGGAAGAGACUGUCGUGACGCAUGUGCUUGGGCCCUCGUCGCUCGUUACGCCCGUGCUCAGGCGCUUGAUGCGUCGCGAGGAACGAAAGCGUCCACGCACAGACGUCGCACUAACGGCGCGUACGGCGACGAAGAAGGCGCCUAUGGAGAGCUCGUUGGAACAAAUAGAUCCUCGUCAAACAAGUCGCUAA